AAGGAACUGUCGCAAAGACUGUUGCUACUGAAGGAACUCAACCAACAUCAGCUGCAACCGAAGGAGUGACUGAAGGAACUGUGGCCAAGACUGUUGCUACUGAAGGAACUCAACCAACAUCCGCUGCAACCGAAGGAGUGACUGAAGGAACUGUCGCCAAGACUGUUGCUACUGAAGGAACUCAACCAACAUCCGCUGCAACCGAAGGAGUCACUGAAGGAACUGUGGCCAAGACUGUUGCUACUGACGGAACUCAACCAACAUCAGCUGCAACCGAAGAAAUGACUGAAGGAACUGUCGCCAAGACUAUUGCUACUGAAGGAACUCAACCAACAUCGGCUGCAACCGAAGAAGUGACUGAAGGAACUGUCGCCGAAACCGUUGCUACUGAAGGAACUCAACCAACAUCACCUGCAACCGAAGGAGUCACUGAAGGAACUGCGGCCAAGACUGUUGCUACUGAAGGAACUCAACCAACAUCAGCUGCAACCGAAGAAGUGACUGAGGGAACUGUCGCCAAGACUAUUGCUACUGAAGGAACUCAACCAACAUCAGCUGCAACCGAAGGAGUCACUGAAGGAACUGUCGCGAAGACUGUUGCUACUGAGGGAACUCAACCAACAUCAGCUGCAACCGAAGGAGUCACUGAAGGAACUGUCGCCAAGACUGUUGCUACUGAAGGAACUCAACCAACAUCAGCUGCAACGGAAGAAGUGACUGAAGGAACUGUCGCCAAGACUGUUGCUGCUGAAGGAACUCAACCAACAUCAGCUGCAACCGAAGGAGUCACUGAAGGAACUGUCGCCAAGACUGUUGCUACUGAAGGAACUCAACCAACUUCAGCUGCAACGGCACCUGAGAGUAGGGAGGAAACAAUCUCACUGAGUAGCAGUAGUACGCCGCAAAUGCAGGAAACAACGAUGAAAAAGUUCUGCGAACAUAUGGAGUACAUAGAAACUUUAAUUGCAAAUAAUGCUGUAACUACUUCUCCAGAAGACAUCUCAAACAAAAAUGAUUUGAUCUCACGUGGAGUGGACUUUGUUGACAAGAAUCCUCGAAUUAUCGUUCAUAUACCAAAGGACGGUGCGAUCAUCCGGGAUGUCAAAAUUCCAUCGACUAAUCUCAAUGAAGUUACUGUGAUAUUCACAACCAUUUUAGGCGUUGUCGUUGGUCCCAUACGGGGAAGUCCAACUGCGCUAGCAGCACACGAGUUUCCGACAGAAAGUGUCGCGCAAAUCAUCAUCGACUUGACAUCGACUAUGCACAACAGUCCACCGAAGGGUGUGACUUUGUCAAUUGUUGCUUGUGCUCCUGGUACAACAACAGUCAUGACAGAAGGUACAACGAGCAUUGGUCGUGAAUCAACGGAAACAAUUCCCAUAGGUGCCACCAUGCCUGGUGAAACGGAAACUACAAUUAUAUCAAUUUCAGCAGAAAGUGUUUCCACAAUUGGAUAUGUCCCAGAAACAUCAGCAGCAAGUGAAACUAUUGCUACCAGCACUGCGAAAAUAACAAUACCAGCUGCAACUUCAUCUGAAAGUAGCGAGGAAACAGUCUCACUGAGUAGCACUAGUACGUCAAAAAUGCAAGAAACAACGAUGAAAAAGUUCUGCGAACAUAUGGAGUACAUAGAAACUUUAAUUGGAAGUAAUGCUGUUACUACUUCACCAGAGGACAUCUCAAACAAAAAUGAUUUGAUCUCACGUGGAGUGGACUUUGUUGACAAGAAUCCAAGAAUUAUCAUCAAUAUACCAAAGGACGGUGCAAUCAUUCGAGAUAUCAAAGUUCCAUCGGCUAAUCUCAAUGAAGUUACUGUGAUAUUCACAACCAUUUUAGGCGUUGUCGUUGGUCCCAUACUGGGAAGUCCAACUAGUCUACCAGCAGACGAGUUUCCGACAGAGAGGGUCGCCAAAAUUAUCAUCGACUUGACAUCGACUAUGCAAGACAGUCCACCUAAGGGUGUGACUUUGUCAAUUGUUGCUUGUGCUCCUGGUACAACAACAGCCAUGACAGAAGGUACAACGAGCAUUGGUCGUGAAUCAACGGAAACAAUUCCCAUAGGUGCCACCAUGCCUGGUGAAACGGAAACUACAAUUAUAUCAAUUUCAGCAGAAAGUGUUUCCACAAUUGGAUAUGUCCCAGAAACAUCAGCAGCAAGUGAAACUAUUGCUACCAGCACUGCGAAAAUAACAAUACCAGCUGCAACUUCAUCUGAAAGUAGCGAGGAAACAGUCUCACUGAGUAGCACUAGUACGUCAAAAAUGCAAGAAACAACGAUGAAAAAGUUCUGCGAACAUAUGGAGUACAUAGAAACUUUAAUUGGAAGUAAUGCUGUUACUACUUCACCAGAGGACAUCUCAAACAAAAAUGAUUUGAUCUCACGUGGAGUGGACUUUGUUGACAAGAAUCCAAGAAUUAUCAUCAAUAUACCAAAGGACGGUGCAAUCAUUCGAGAUAUCAAAGUUCCAUCGGCUAAUCUCAAUGAAGUUACUGUGAUAUUCACAACCAUCUUCGGCGUUGUCGUUGGUCCGAUACAGGGAAGUCCAACUGAUUUAUCAGCAGACAAGUUUCCGAUAGAAAGGGUCGCCAAAAUUAUCAUCGACUUGACAUCGACUAUGCACGACAGUCCACCUAAGGGUGUGACUUUGUCAAUUGUGGCCUGUGCUCCUGGUACAACAACAGUCAAGCCAGAAGGUAAUAUUCGAUUGUUUCUUUCGAUUUUAGACGAACCAUUGUCAGUAAGGAAGGAUAUGCUUAGGAGUCCUCUGUAG